UUAAUAGAUACUUUUAAACAAUUAAAGUAAAAUGUGUUGCAUUUUAAGCAUAUGAUUAAAUCAAAUGCUAUAUUACUUUAAAUCUAAGUCUUUAAAGUGUUUAGUUAUCAGCAAUUGUUGUCAUAUAUGGCCAGUCAGUCAUCUCUUAUACUUUACAAACAAUUGAAUGAAUUAAAGAAGAAUCCGGUGUCCGGUUUCAGUGCGGGACUGGUAGACGAUUCAAACAUCUAUAAGUGGGAGGUUUGGAUUAUGGGACCACCGGAUACACUGUAUGAGGGCGGGCUGUUUAAGGCAUUAUUGGACUUUCCAAAGGAUUUUCCACAGAGACCGCCAAAAAUGAAAUUCAUUACUGAGAUAUGGCACCCAAAUAUCCAUACAAACGGUGAGGUUUGCAUUUCAAUACUACACGAACCGGGAGAAGACUCAUUUGGCUACGAAAAAGCCAACGAACGUUGGCUACCGGUUCACACGGUUGAGACAAUAUUGAUAUCAGUCAUCUCAAUGUUGUCCGAUCCCAAUGACAACUCCCCGGCCAAUGUCGAUGCGGCCAAACAGUUCAGACAUGACUUCAACACUUUCAAGAAAAGAGUCGGACAAUGUGUUCGCAAAAGUCAAGAAUCGUUGCCGUGAUUGUCAUCUCUGAAAACAAACACUAAUCAGUUGUAACAUAUUUAUACCCAGAUAUAUAUACAUACAUACCUACCCCUCCCCUCUCACUCUUAA